ACGAUCUCUACAUACGCGUAGCCAGACGUUUGCUGGUCGCAUUCUCACAGCUGACUAGAUUGGUCGACCAAGACAUAGCGCAAGGCUGGUUCAACAUCAUGACCUCUCAGUCCUCAUCCUCGGGCUCAACGCCUGCUGUUCCAGGCGGCGCAACCCCAGAACAACUCGAAACAGCCUUCGAUAACUCCAUCUGGUACCUCAUCUCCCUCUGGCCCGCAAUGCGCGCUGCUCUUGAAAACAACUGGGGUGGCCCCGACUCUUCCGAUAAACGCGACUGGUUCGCCGGUGCGGUCUCCGAUCUCCUUGCCUCCCAUCCUGACGAAGGUCAAGAAUAUCUCGAAGAUUUCUUGGUGCAAGUUAUGGGGGAUGAGUUCGAAUGCAAUGUGGAAGAUGAGAGUGAAGCUGCUGUUGCGGGGGACAUCUUGAAGGUGAGAAGUAGAUUGGUGGCGGAAAGGAAUCUACAAGCUGCGCAGGAGGUAGAGCAAAGGUGGAGGAAUCGAGGGAGCAUGAAGCAUGAUAAAGUGGUGGUGCAGGAGAUUGAUCAAGAUGCUGAUGAGGAGGAGUUUGAGGGCUUCGGAGACGACGAUGAGAUGGAAGAUGCUCCACCACUGGUCAGUGUGCAGAGAGCGCCGAAGGAAAAGGUAAUUCCAGAGGUGGAUGACGAUGGGUUUACGAAGGUUGUUGGGAAGAAGAGAACGGGCUGAGCGGGCUUUGGGCA